AUGCUGGGGAGACGCGCGGCGCGCUGUUCUCAUGAUCGAUGGAAGAAGGCCGAUGUGGCCCCCCAGUGGCGGAAGUUGGGGCGCCCUUUUUUGGGCCGAUUAGCUUUACAGCAGUGGGGCAUAGAUACGGCCCUCCGCCCAGCCUUAGCUCCAACGCCGGCAGUUCUUUCGCAGUCUUCCGUGCCCCAGGGCCCCUUGGAUGUGGUUGUCACAUCCAAGAGACGAGCCCCUCCUUGGGUGCGGAAGACUGCGGGAUAA